UUGUUACUGAGUCAGGUGCACCAAACUGGGAGUCAGAGUGGGAAAAGCAGCAGUUGACUGCACUGUCUUGACUUCUUAGUACACAUGACUGUUAAAGUUGAUCAGUCAGUGACUUCCCACAUUCACACCUCUUAAUUUCACACCUCUAAAAGGUGUGAAAGCGGGUACUUUCCAGCAAAAGGAAAACAUUAAUAUAAUAUAUGUGUAAUUACAAAUAAUUUCUCAGUGAAAUAUGAUAACACUCUUAGUGAAAUAAAUACUGCUCUUCUAAGACUUGUUGAACCUUUCAGUUUAAUCAUAGAAAUGUUAAAUAGUAUCCAGCAAAUAUAUCACUCAGCCUUUCCUGGUGCAUGAGCAUAUUCUGAAGUGUUUCUGUUCUGUGUUGCAUAAACUGAGAGGGAGGAGUAAUGCCAGCAAAUAUAAGCAGCAAAAGACGGAGACCAGUGCAGAUUAAAGACAGACUCUCUCAGCUAAAAGGAACAUGGGGUCUGGUAACAUCAGUUCGGCUGCAAAUCCAUCAUCUGGACUGGAAGCAGCUUCCAGACACAUACAAACAGCCUCCAUUGUCAUCUACUGUGUGAUUUUUAUAGUUGGGACUCUGGGCAAUGCUCUGGUUAUCUACGUGACGGGCUUCAAAAUGAAGAAAACAGUGGAAACAGUUUGGUUUCUCAACUUGGCCAUAGCUGACUUCCUCUUCACGGCCUUCCUGAUUUUCGCAAUCAUUUCUCUCUCUCAGGGUCACCAAUGGCCUUUUGGACCAUUCAUGUGCCAGCUCAACACCUUUGUGACUGUAGUCAACAUGUUUGCCAGUAUCUUCACUCUGACAGCCAUGAGUUUGGAUCGUUAUUUGUCCAUCUGGGUGGUGGUGUGGGCACACAACAAGCGCACAGUCUGCAAAGCUCGGCUCAUAUGUGUUGGUAUCUGGGUCAUUGCUGUGGUCUGCAGCACUCCUUAUGCCACUUUUCGCACUGUGUUAGGAGAUAAUGGGACACAUUACUGUGGUUAUUCUAUGACACAUGAACAGAAAUGGAGUCUCCACAUUUUUCGCUUUCUUAUGGGCUUUGUGAUCCCAUUCCUGGUCAUAUUUGUGUCUUAUGUGGCCAUAGGCAUACGUACAAUGCGCAUGUCAAGAACAAGGCGACAGAGAUCUCGCCGAAUCAUUUUCGCCAUCAUUUUUGCAUUCUUCAUCUGCUGGUUGCCCCUCCAUGUUUUCAAUUUUAUAGAAAUAAAGGCUGCGAAUAAUCCAGACCUCGGGACCAUUGUUAGAAUCAUGGGUCCUCUGACUGUGAGUCUGGCUUUUCUGAACAGCUGCCUGAACCCCAUCCUCUAUGUUUUCAUGUGUGAAGAAUUCAUGAAGAAGCUUCGACAGUCCAUAUGCUUUGUACUUGAGAGUGCUCUGGCAGAGGACCAUGUGUCAUUUUUGUCCACUCGCUCCAUGUCAACCUUUUCCAGUGCUGCCCAAAAGUCAGACGCUGCUGCAACUUCAAAGAGGACUGACACGGCAAAUUUGAAAUCCUACACAGAAAGCAAAGUGAUCGACACCGACCACUGACUAAGAUUUCAACAUCCGGCAAUGUAAACUGAAUUACAUUAUUUUUUAAACGUUCUUGUCAAAUUGACUGAAACAGUGCACUCAUGCACAGCUAUUACAAAGUGUGUUAAUUUGUUACUUGAUGUUAAAGCAAAUUAUCCCACAGUAACAGUAACAGAAACUCUUUGUGGCUGUGCUUCAGCUUUAAGAUGCAAUUAUUGAUUUACUUAUUAAAACAAUCAAUGUGACAUAAAGUGUGAUUUUUUUAAGGCUUUUCGAGAUUACAUUUAAUAAGAUUUCUAUUUGUGUACAUUACUUUUUCAUCUUCAAUCUUGUUACACCAUAUUUAUUAGUAUCUGCAUCUAUUACAUUGGCGGGUCCAGGGCGAUAAGUUCGCCUUGUAAUCGGAAGGUUGCCGGUUCGAGCCCUGGCUCGGACUGUCUCGGUCGUUGUGUCCUUGGGCAAGACACUUCACCUACCGCCUACUGGUGUUGGCCAGAAGGGCCGAUGGCGCGAUAUGGCAGCCUCGCUUCUGUCAGCCUGCCCCAGGGCAGCUGUGGCUACAACUGUAGCUUGCCUCCACCAGUGUGUGAAUGGGUGGAUGACUGGAUGUGUAAAGCGCUUUGGGGUCCCUAGGCGGGACUAGUAAAGGGCCAUUACACAUUUAUUGAUAUCUAUGUAUUUUUAAUCUGUGAAUAAAAACAUGCUGAUCAAA